UUCCAGGGCUCUGGAGGCCACAGGCAUGAUGCUCCGGGUCCUGGUGGGGGCCAUCCUCCCUGCCAUGCUGCUGGCUGCCCCCCCACCCAUCAACAAGCUGGCGCUGUUCCCGGACAAGAGUGCCUGGUGUGAAGCCAAGAACAUCACUCAGAUCGUGGGCCACAGCGGCUGCGAGGCUAAGUCCAUCCAGAACAGGGCGUGCCUAGGACAGUGUUUCAGCUACAGCGUCCCCAACACCUUCCCGCAGUCCACAGAGUCCCUGGUGCACUGUGACUCCUGCAUGCCGGCCCAGACCAUGUGGGAGAUCGUGACCUUGGAGUGCCCUGGCCAUGAGGUAAUGCCCAGGGUGGACAAGCUGGUGGAGAAGAUCCUGCACUGCAGCUGCCAGGCCUGUGGCAAGGAGCCCAGCCACGAGGGGCUGAAUGUCUACGUGCAGGCCGAGGAGGGGCAGGGCUCCCUGCCAGGCGCCCACCCCCACCCCCAGCCUGGUGGGCAGAGCCCCGAGCCCCAGGAGACUCCAGGGGGCCCCCAUGUUGAAGAAGAGGGGGCUGAGGACUGAGGCCCUCGCUCUUCCUCCCCUCUCGCCCCCUGUGGAAUGUUGGGUCUCACCCUCUGGGGAAGAGCAGGGAGAGGCGGGUUCCCGGCACUGGAUGAGCUUGGAUUCAGACUUGGACUUGGAAUGCCAUCUGGUCGCCAUGGAGAUCUCAAGGGGAGGAGUUGGAGCCAAGCUUCACAGUUUAAUAUAUUGAAGAGUGGGGGGAGGAAGUAGAAGUCUUCAGGGCUCUUUUUGGAAGGGGGGGCAGUCUUUCCUUUCUGCCUUAUAGAGAUGUGUCCUUGGGAGGGGGAGGAAGUCGGCCAAGCUGCUGAGGAGUGAGUGAGGCCUUCCAAGAUGGUGGGCACGGGCCAAGGCCCGCACAGCCCCUGGUGGGGCAGGAUCCCCGGGGUGGGGUGGGAUGGUGCAGCCGGGGGCCCCGAACUAAGGGUGGCAGCAUGCCAGUGUCCGCCUGGCAGGAGGACUAGGCUAGGAAGACCGUUGGCAGGAGUGAGACGCUCCAGCCCCCACAAGUUUCCCUAAAGGCCUUCCCUGGACCUCCCAUCUCCGGGGAAGCAUCUGCCCUGGGCACAAAGUGCCCUCAACCCAGUGGAGUGGUUUGGAAGUCAGGCAGGGCAGGACCCUGCUGACUCGGGGCCCCAGAGCUGGGGCCAGGCUCUCUGGGCCUUGAUCUGGUUUCCUUGGGUCGCCGGUGCUGGGGACAGUGGUGGAGCCCCUUCCUGGGCCCUGGGUUGGGAACGAGCCUCCAGAUCAUCACCAAAGAAGAGUGUCCCUCUCUUGUAGAGACUGCAGUGCCUCCUACCGCCCGCCCCCAGGCUCCAGGCCCCUCAGAGAAGAGGUUAGAGGGUGGGAGUGGUCUCCCUCACCAGAGGGUCCAAUCAGGACCCAAGUGGACGCUGGCUGAGCCUCUAGGAGCUCCAGGACAGGGUGGCCCCUGUGGGUGACUCCUGGUGACCUUGGCUCUUUAGCUCCCCAAUUCUGCCCCCCACCCAGCUGCACUUUAAACCUAGAGGGAUGUGGGACCCGGGCCAGGGUGGGUGGCAGGCAGUGAAGCUCCCUCUGCCCCUAAACUGCCCAUGCUGCUCUCUCAAGUGUGCCCAGGGUGAGGCCAGCCCCCCACCCAUGCGUGGGGGUACCCGGCCCCUCGGCUGUUCCCAUGGACGAGAGCUUCCAUAGAGCUUGUAACUAAUAGACUCCCCCAAAGGACUCCGAGUCUUCUUAUGAAUAAAUGCCUUCAAUCCCUGUGUCCUC